GCACUGCAAUCUGUAUUCAAUCUGUAUACACUGCUUGGGUGAAACAUGACCUCUAUUGCGGAUCGGCUGGCUAGGGAGAAGGACAAAGAGGAGGGCAUUGGGACAAACCAGCAAGCUGUGAAAUAUCUGGACCAGGAUUAUGAGUUCCUAAAACAGACAUCUUUACGAAGGGGGCUUUUGUUUGAGGAUAACAAGUUUCCAGCAUCUCAAAAGUCCUUGGGUUACAAUGAGCUGGGACCCUACUCCUCCAAAACCAGAGACGUGGUAUGGAAGAGGCCAACGGAGUUGUGCUCUGACCCUAAAUUCAUUGAUGAUGGAGCCACAAGGACAGACAUUUGUCAAGGAGCAUUGGGUGACUGCUGGCUGCUGGCGGCCAUUGCUUCUCUGACCCUGGACCAGAGGAUUUUGGCUCGAGUGGUGCCACCUGGACAAAGUUUUACUGAGGACUAUGCUGGUAUUUUUCACUUCCAGUUUUGGCAAUAUGGUGAAUGGGUGGAUGUUGUUAUUGACGACCGUUUGCCCACCAAAGAUGGAAAGCUGCUCUUUGUUCAUUCUGCAGAGGGGUCUGAAUUUUGGAGUGCCCUGCUGGAGAAGGCCUAUGCUAAAUUGAAUGGCAGCUAUGAGGCCCUGGCUGGAGGCAGCACCAUCGAGGGCUUUGAAGACUUCACUGGAGGAAUUGGAGAAAUUUACGAAUUGAACAAUGCCCCGCCACACCUUUUUCAAAUCAUGCAGAAGGCCCUGAAACUCGGCUCGCUCAUGGGCUGCUCGAUAGACAUUACCAGUGCAUAUGAAUCAGAGGCCAUAACAUCUCAUAAGCUGGUGAAAGGACAUGCCUAUUCUGUUACUGGGGCAGAGGAGGUGAAUUAUAGAGGCAGAAAGGUUCAGCUGAUCCGAGUGAGAAACCCCUGGGGACAAGUGGAGUGGACUGGGGCCUGGAGUGAUGGGUCGAACGAGUGGAGCCACAUCAGUGAAGAUGAAAAAACUAAACUGAACCAUAUCUCUGAUGAUGGGGAAUUCUGGAUGUCUUAUCUAGAUUUCACCAGGCACUUUUCAAAAUUGGAGAUUUGUAACCUGACUCCGGACACUUUGGAGAGUGAAGGCGAGGGCCACUGGAAACACUACCAGUUUGAGGGGAUGUGGAGAGUCGGUUCAACUGCUGGGGGCUGCCGUAACCAUCCAGCAACAUUCACCUCCAACCCUCAGUUCGUGGUGCGUUUGGACGAGGUGGACGAUGACCCUCUGGAUGGGCAGGAGAAGGGCUGCACGUUUCUGGUGGGAUUGAUGCAGAAGGACAUAAGAAAACAGAGGCAACUCAACAAAGACCUGGAGAUCAUUGGCUUUGCCAUUUAUGAGGUCCCAGAGCAGUAUAAAGGCUCUCGUCAUGUGCAUCUGGGUCCGGACGUGCUGCUGAGUGAAAAUGCAGUUGCCAUGAGCCACACGUUCAUAAACACUCGCGAGAUUUGUGACCGCUUCACGCUGGCCCCAGGGGAAUACGCCAUCAUCCCGUCCACUUUCCAGCCGCACAGGAACGGCAAGUUUGUACUGCGUGUGUUCUCAGAGAAGCAAGCCCACACCAGUCCUUUGGAGGAGAAAGUUGAAGCUGAAAUUGAUGAGGAGGAGAUUUCAAAGAGUGAUGUUGAUCCUCAUUUCAAGAAACUCUUCAAGCAAAUUGCAGGAGAUGACCUGGAGGUGUCUGUCUUUGAGCUUGUGAGGAUUUUGAACAAUGUUGUGUCACACCGAUCUGAUAUAAAGACAGAUGGUUUCAGUCUUGAGACCGGUCGCAUUAUUGUCAGCCUGUUGGAUAAAGAUGAAAGCUCCAAACUGGGGCUUCUGGAGUUCCACAAACUUUGGCUGAAAAUCCAAAGAUACCUGGAAAUCUUCAAGAAUCACGACACAGACAACUCUGGCACCAUGAGCUCACACGAGAUGAGAGACGCUGCCACUGAAGCUGGUUUUCAGGUAAACAGCGCAGUGCUUCAGGUGAUCGUGAGCCGUUAUGCAGACGCUCAGUUUGCCAUAGACUUUGACAGUUUUGUGGGAUGUCUCAUAAAACUGGAAAUGUUGUUCAAAAUGUUCAAAGCUUUGGACAAGAGCGAGUCUGGAAAGAUUGAGCUGGAUAUACAACAGUGGUUGUGUCUAGCCUUGUACUGAGCCUCUCAAUCAAGAUACAAGAUCAAGAUUUGUAUACUAAUAAUGCACAGACUUACGUUUACAAAGUAUUUAGUAUGAUGAUUCUGUGCAAAAUACCAAAU